ACAACUCACAACAACUUAACUGAUCAACUCUUCAAGCUCACGUGUCCUCUUGUUUCUCUGCGAAUGCACCCACUCUUCCUUUUAUACACACACAACAUAGAAUUAAGACUGUUUGGUUUACUCCACCUCUUCAACAUCUCUCUCUUCCCCUCAGGCAUUUCGUCAUCAGACAAGAGACAUUAGAUGGCCUGGGGAAACAUAUAUACUCGGCGCGUGAAAGUUUUCACGUUGGCUCUUGUAAUGUACUUGGACUAUAAGGCUUUGCAAAAGAGAGAGAAAUGGGUGAGUAAAUCUAAACGAGAUGCCUUGUGGGAAAAGCUUCAUGAGCGCAAUGCAAAGCGAGUCCUGAAGGUUAUAAUUGAAUUGGAAGGAAUGUGGGUGAAACUUGGACAGUACAUGUCCACACGUGCCGAUGUCCUCCCGGAUGCAUAUAUACGCGUGCUUACGCAGUUGCAAGAUUCUCUUCCCCCUCGCCCUUUAAAAGUGGUUUGUGAGACCAUACAGAAAGAAUUGGGAAAAUCAAUGGGGGAUCUGUUUCUAAAUUUUGUUCAAGUUCCUCUGGCAACCGCAUCAAUAGCCCAAGUUCAUCGUGCGACCCUAACUGAUGGACGGGAAGUGGUUGUUAAAGUUCAGCAUGAAGGCAUCAAGGCAAUUAUCUUGGAGGACCUGAAGAAUGCAAAAUCCAUUGUUGACUGGAUUGCGUGGGCAGAGCCGCAGUAUGACUUUAACCCAGUUAUCGAUGAAUGGUGCAAAGAAGCACCUAAAGAACUGGAUUUUAAUCGUGAAGCUGAGAAUACGAGUUUAAUAUCCAGAAACCUUGGUUGCAAUGAUCAACAUGAUGAGAAAGUGCCUGCUAAUCACGUGGAUGUCUUAAUUCCCGAAGUUAUUCAGUCAACUGAAAGGGUCCUCAUCCUCGAGUAUAUGGAUGGGGUUCGUUUAAAUGACUUGGUAUCACUUGAAAAUUUGGGUGUUGAUAAGCAAAAACUUGUUGAAGAAAUUACGCGUGCAUAUGCGCACCAAAUUUAUGUGGGUGGUAUAUUCAAUGGUGAUCCUCAUCCAGGGAAUUUUCUUGUCAGCAAAGAGCCUCCACAUCGUCCAAUUUUGCUUGAUUUUGGUCUUACUAAAGUUUUGACGAGUUCUAUGAAACAAGGUUUAGCAAAAAUGUUUCUGUCAUCUGUUGAGGGUGAUCAUGUGGCACUUCUGUCUGCUCUUGCGGAAAUGGGAUUUAGAUUUCGAAUGGACUUGCCAGAUGAGGCAAUGGAUCUAACAGCUUUAAUAUUCCGUAAUUCAGCACCUACCAGAGAAGAAGAUGAACACUUGAAAUCUUACAAGGAGAAAGCAAAACUUAAGAAGGAAAGCUUGAAGCUCAGUCAGAAAGAAUCUCGUCGCUUUAAUCCUGUUGAUGCUUUUCCGGGUGAUAUUGUGAUCUUCAGUCGGGUUCUCAAUCUACUAAGAGGGCUUUCAUCUAUAAUGAAGGUUCGCAUAAAUUAUGUGGAUAUCAUGAGGCCGUUUGCUGAAUCUGUUUUACAAUGCAAUAUUGAUAAUGGCCCGAGAUUAAAUGCGCAAUGGAUAUACAACACUCCUGUUCAUUCUGAUGUGGAGGCAAAAUUGAGGAAUUUAUUAGUUGAGCUGGGGAAUGCUAAUAAAAUUCUUGGAAUACAGGUAUGUGCCUACAAAGAUGGGCGAGUGAUUAUUGACACUGCUGCUGGUGUGCUCGGAAGAUAUGAUCCUCGUCCUGUUCAACCUGAUACCCUAUUUAAUGUGUUCUCUGCAACAAAGGGUAUCACAGCCGGAAUGGUACAUUGGCUUGUUGAUAAUAGAAAAUUGAAGCUGGAUGAAAAUGUUGCAGAUGUAUGGCCAGAAUUCCGAUCAAACGGAAAAGAUGGAAUAAAGGUGCACCAUGUCCUCAACCAUACAUCUGGUCUGCACAAUGCUCUCUCUGAUCUUAGUCGGGAAGAUCCCUUAUUACUGUGCAACUGGGAUGAGUGCCUGAAUCGCAUUGCAGAGGCUGUCCCUGAGGGCUCACCUGGACAACAGCAGCUAUAUCAUUAUCUCUCUUUUGGUUGGUUAUGUGGGGGAGUUGUUGAGCAUGCAUCCGGAAGAAAGUUUCAGGAGAUUCUGGAAGAAGCUUUUGUUCGGCCUCUUGGCAUUGAAGGCGAGCUAUAUGUUGGAAUUCCUCCAGGUCUGGAAACUCGACUUGCGACACUUACAGUAGAUACUGAGGAUCUCAGCAAACUCUCUGGAAUCGCUAGCCGUAACGACCUUCCUUCAAGCUUUCAGCCAGGCGAUAUUCUUCAGAUGCUUACUACCCUUCCAGCCACAUUCAAUACACUUAAUGUUCGCCGUGCCAUCUUACCUGCUGCUAAUGGACACUGCUCUGCCCGUGCACUUGCUCGUUACUAUGCAGCUCUUGCUGAUGGUGGUGUCAUCCCUCCACCACAUUCCACUUCUUCCAAGCCACUGCUUGGCAGCCACCCCCAUAUUCCAAAAUUCAGUGCCAAGAAAAUUGAUAAGAAGUCUAAAGGUCGCAAGAGCAAGGGAGCCUAUGAAGCCUUGAGCACAUCUGAUAAGUCUGAACCGGUCACGACUGAUGAACAUACCAUUAAUCUUAAUGGUAGAGAUGAAAGCCACAUAUCCAUUGAUUCUGUACCUACUGCUGGCAGUAGUCGCAGCAGUAACAAUAAUAAUAUUACUAACACCAGUGCCACUGACCAUCAUGAAUAUGGUUCCAAGAUAUUUAAUGAUGAAUCAAUUCAUGAUGCAUUCUUAGGUGCUGGACAAUACGAAAACAUGAUAUUUCCAAACGGAAGUUUUGGACUUGGAUUCAAGAGAAUCAAGUCGAAGGAUGGCUUCCUUAUCGGCUUUGGGCACUCGGGCAUGGGAGGAUCAACCGGCUUCUGCGACAUGAACAACAGAUUUGCUGUCUCGGUUACAGUAAACAAGAUGUCAUUUGGGAGUGUUACUGCUGCUAUCAUCAAGUUUAUUUGUUCAGAACUAAACCUUCCAGUUCCUGUAGAAUAUUCUGGAUCAGGAGGACCUGAUAUCUCAGCAAGUUUGGAGAAGCCGAUUAUAAAUUAAGGAAAAUUUUCUUCUCUUAGGCUACUGUAACGAUAUGUAUACACAUGGGCAUGACCCUAAAUUCAUCAUAGAGGAGCUUUAAGCUUGAUACUCUAUACACAGGUACAUAGGAAUACUACACAAUCCAGAUUACUUCUUGUAGCACAUUGUAGAAUGUUGUUAACGUUGUAACGAUGUGCAUAAAAUUUCAUAGGCUUGAUAUUUCAUCUGUUUCCUGA